AUUAUGGAACGGCACAUUGCAAAUUGUGACUCCAGUUGAUAGAUUACGAGGAGCGUGUUUUAUUUUAUUUCAGUGUGUUUAUGAAGGAUUAGUGCCUGUGUAAACUUAUUUGUGAUAUUUAAUUAAAUUAUUCAAAAAUAAAAAGGAUUAACAAUGAAAGUGAUAAUUAUUGCUACAUUCAUCGCUGCGUGCUCAUGCGCCCGACUUGACACCAACUACUUGCCUCCCGCAAGUGCUCCAAGUGCCGGUGGCGGUCCAGGCUUAGCUACUCCAGCAUUCGGUCGACCAGGAAAUAACGGAUUUGGCGGACAACAAAGUGGAUUCGGUCAACAAGGAGGAUUCGGUGGUGGAAAUCAACAAAGUGGCUACGGAGGCGGUAGCCAACAAAGCGGAUUCGGAGGUGGAGCUUCUCAAGGAAGCUUUUCCGGUGGAAGUUCACAAAGUUCGUUUGGCAGUGGUUCCCAACAAGGUGGAUUCGUUCAACAACAGCCACAACAACCUCAACAGCCACCAAUUGCUAUUUUAUCUUACGAAAAUGUAAACAAUGGCGAUGGUAGUUACAAAUUCAGUUAUGAAACUGAAAAUGGUAUUAAAGCUCAGGAACAAGGAGAACUAAAAAACAAAGGGACCGAUAAUGCUAUUCAAACAGUAUCUGGCUCCUACUCCUACACAGCUCCCGAUGGACAGGUGAUUACUGUAACUUACAUUGCUGACGAAAACGGUUUCCAACCAACAGGAGAACAUUUACCAACUCCACCACCAAUGCCAAAGGAAAUCGCUGAGUCACUUCAACUUAUCGCCGCUGCCCAAGCUCAAGGAAAUCAAGGCUAUCCAAGUGGAAACAAUAAUUAUAACGGACCACAAAACAAUGGUCAAUAUCCCAGCGCACCGGCACAAAAUGAUUACCAAAGCGCACCAGUAAACAAUGGAUAUCCAAGCGCACCAGCAAACAAUGGAUAUCCAAGUGCUCCAGCACCAGCUCGUCCCGGCAAUCAAUACGUUCCUCCAUCAAAUCAACAAAGACCAGCUGGAAAUGGCAAUUUUAAUCCACAAUCAGGAUACAAAUACUAAACGAAAACCUUCUAUAUAGACAGACAGAACAUCAACCCCAAAUCUCAUUAUUUUAUUUAAGUAUAGUUUUUAAAGAGCUUUACGAACGAUAUUUAACUGUAUACGUUAUAACUUAUAAAACAAAGAGAAAAUUACGAUGAAACAAAAUCUAGACAGUAAGUACUUUGUGGUUUCUUGGUAAUGUGUUGCACCCAAUGCGAAUUUUCAAAUUUAUUAUUUUUUUACUGAAAGAAUGGAAAGAAUGGAUAGUUUUGACUACAGAUAAACGCUUUAAAUUAUGAUUGAAAAUAGUAGUAAAUAAUCCUUGCUGAGUGCUACAUAAAAUGUCUGGAACGACAAAGUUCAUUAUCUGGUCAAUUUCAAUUAUAAAUUGAGUUUCGUUUCGAAAAGAAAUUUAUUUACGAACAUUUAUUUUACUAGUUGACGAACGAACGGUGAAGUACAAAAACUACUUCUGUUAAUAAAAAGACAAUCAAUUCAAUCGCCAUC